AUGGGUCUUCAAACAGAUUCUACACUCGGCAUCGGGCGAAAUGAAGAACUCAAACGAACUGUCGAUACUCUGUCGCGAGAGCUUCCCGAAGCUCUUCACCAUCUCCGAAGCGACAGCCUGAGAGAGUCUCUUACCAAGAUAGAGACCAUGUAUGACACGAUUACCGACCUGAUGGAAACAGCUGUCACCUUACCUGAGGAAAUCUCGAAUGCAGAGCGAGAUAAAAAGCUGAAGGCCAUUCAGACUCGCUUGGAAGAUCGCCUCAAAAUGUGCUCUAACGAAAUACCCGGUAUACUUGACCGCAUCAACGACUUUCUUGCAGAGGAUGGACCAAGGUCUUUUCUCCGCCAGUCUGUCCAAAAGGCAUUUGACAACUCUAAUGAUUUCGUUGGUUAUUACGAAAAGAGCAAGACCUCGAUGCUGAACUACUGGGUCGUGGUGGUCAAAGGAAUUUAUCUACUGCAGAUGGCUUACGAUGCUCCGAAUGUGGAUUUUUCUGAAGGCAUGCUUACAAUCCAACGCCAGAUGGGGAAACUCGACAACCAGGAGCAGACUUUCAAAGAAGUUGUUGGACAGAAUACUGUCCGAAUGGUUGAAAGGGCUCUCUUACGGCCUUCCUCUAUUCCCGUCAUGUUCCUGACUGACGAGGGGUUUGGAAUCGGACCAAAACGUCUAAGUGUCCCUGAUACCACCUCAAGCUACAGCCAAAAGGGUACGGCCGACGUGGAGAAUGCAAUUUGGGUGUGA